UUCAUCCUUUCUGGCUGUUUCAAGGAAGGAUACGUCGCUGGACAUGUGAAUUUAAAGGAGAUAAUUGCCAAGCACAACAAUGAAACCAACGACUGCCCUGUGUUACUUCGGCGUUCUCCUGACUUGCCUCUUGUUUGGGCCGAGCACUUCUCAAUCAGUAUGUGCUGGUACAGAGAACAAGCUGAGCACACUGUCGGACCUGGAGCAGCAGUACCGCACACUGAGGAAAUACUACGAGAACUGUGAAGUCGUAAUGGGCAACCUCGAGAUCACGAGCAUCGACCGCAGUCGGGACCUCACCUUCCUCAGAUCCAUCCGAGAAGUGACAGGCUAUGUGUUGGUGGCCCUUAACCAGUUUGACUACCUGCCUUUGGAGAACUUGAGGAUCAUCCGUGGAACCAAACUAUACGAGGACCGCUACUCCCUUGCAAUCUUCCUCAACUACAGACGUGAUGGAAACUUCGGUCUGCGCCAGCUGGGUCUGAAAAACCUCACAGAGAUCCUGAGUGGAGGUGUUUAUGUCGACCAGAACAAGUUCCUGUGUCAUGCAGACACAAUCCACUGGCAAGACAUUGUCAAAAACCCGAGGAUGCAUCCUGUGGUGGUGCCCACCAACAGCAGCGUUACAUGUCAAAAGUGCCAUCGUUCCUGUAAUGGUCGUUGCUGGGGACCCAAAGAGGACCAGUGUCAAAGCUUAACUAAGACAGUGUGCGCCGAGCAGUGUGAUGGCCGUUGCUUCGGUCCCUAUGUUAGUGACUGCUGCCAUCGUGAGUGUGCGGGUGGCUGCUAUGGACCAAAGGACACAGACUGCUUUGCCUGCACCAACUUCAAUGACAGUGGGGCAUGUGUGACCCAAUGCCCUCAGCCAUUUGUCUACAACCCCACCACCUUCCAACUGGAGCACAACCCCAGGGCAAAGUACACCUAUGGAGCCUUCUGUGUCAAGAAGUGUCCACAUAACUUUGUGGUGGACCAUAGCUCCUGUGUAAGAGCGUGCCCCAGUAACAAGAUGGAGGUGGAGGAGAACCGCAUUAAGAUGUGCAUUCCUUGUACCGACAUCUGCCCGAAAGCAUGCGAUGGCAUCGGUACAGCCAGCCUACAGGCUGCUCAGACAGUGGACUCCAGCAACAUUGACAAGUUUGUCAACUGCACCAAAAUCAAUGGCAACCUGGUGUUCCUCAUCACUGGAAUCAAAGGGGAUGUCUAUCACAAUAUUGAAGCUUUGGACCCAGAAAAACUCAACAUAUUCCGCACCGUUCGGGAGAUCACAGGCUUUCUGAACAUCCAGUCUUGGCCUGACAACAUGACAGACCUGAGUGUUUUCUCCAACCUGGCAACAAUUGGGGGAAGAGCGCUGUACAGUGGGAUCUCCCUGCUGGUGUUAAAGCAGCAGGGCAUUUCAUCACUGCAGCUCCAGUCUCUAAGAGAGAUCAGCGCUGGGAAUGUCCACAUCGCAGAGAACAGCCAGCUUUGUUACUACAACACCGUCAACUGGACAAGACUGUUUCGCGCUGCAAACCAGAAGGUUCUGGUCCGCAACAACCGAAGCCCGCAGGAGUGCGCCAGAGAGCACAUGGUGUGUGACCCGCUGUGUUCAGAUGCAGGAUGUUGGGGUCCUGGCCCAGACCAGUGCCUCUCCUGCAGAUACUUCAGCCGGGGACGAACCUGUGUGGAUACCUGCAAUCUUUAUGAAGGGGAUAUUCGAGAAUAUGCCAACGGGUCAGUGUGUGUGGAGUGUGAUGCCCAGUGUGAGCGAGCUGACGAUGACUCUUUGACCUGCCACGGUCCGGGGCCAGAGCAUUGUGUGAAAUGCCUUCAUUUCAAAGAUGGUCCAAAUUGUGUGGAAAAGUGUCCCGAUGGCCUGCAAGGUGCCAACAGUUUCAUCUUCAAGUAUGCCGAAGCCAACAACGAAUGCCAUCCAUGCCAUGCCAACUGCACCCAAGGGUGCAUUGGGCCAAGACUGCAAGACUGUAUUGGCUGGAUGGACAGAACCCCUCUGAUCGCAGCAGGGGUGAUCGGCGGCCUCUUCAUGGUGGUGAUCAUGGUGCUGAGCGUAGCAGUCUCUGUGCGCCGGAAGAACAUAAAGAAGAAGAGAGCCCUUCGUCGCUUCCUGGAGACAGAGCUGGUGGAACCUUUAACACCCAGUGGAACAGCACCCAACCAAGCCCAGCUUCGCAUCCUGAAAGAGACCGAACUCAAAAGGGUCAAGAUCCUUGGCUCUGGGGCCUUUGGGACUGUUUACAAGGGUAUUUGGGUCCCGGAGGGUGAAACAGUGAAGAUUCCAGUAGCCAUUAAAAUCCUAAAUGAGGCAACCGGACCCAAGGCUAACGUGGAGUUCAUGGACGAGGCCCUGAUUAUGGCUAGCAUGGAGCACCCCCACCUGGUCCGCCUGCUGGGCGUCUGCCUGAGUCCCACCAUCCAGCUGGUCACACAACUGAUGCCUCAUGGGUGCCUGCUCGACUAUGUCCACGAGCACAAGGACAACAUUGGAUCCCAGCUGUUGCUCAAUUGGUGUGUCCAGAUUGCUAAGGGGAUGAUGUAUCUGGAGGAGCGUAGGCUGGUCCACAGGGAUCUAGCAGCCCGAAAUGUCCUGGUCAAAUCUCCCAACCACAUCAAGAUCACUGACUUCGGCCUGGCUCGCCUGCUUGAUGUUAAUGAGAAGGAAUAUAACGCUGAUGGAGGAAAGAUGCCCAUCAAGUGGAUGGCCUUGGAGUGUAUCCAUUACAGGAAGUUUACUCACCAGAGUGACGUCUGGAGUUACGGGGUAACUAUCUGGGAGUUGAUGACCUUUGGGGGGAAGCCAUACGAUGGGAUUUCCACCAGAGAUAUCCCAGACCUGCUAGAGAAAGGAGAGCGUCUUCCUCAGCCGCCAAUCUGCACCAUCGAUGUCUACAUGGUCAUGGUCAAAUGCUGGAUGAUUGAUGCAGACAGUCGACCCAAGUUCAAGGAGCUGGCUGCAGAGUUCACUCGAAUGGCGCGUGAUCCCCAGAGAUACCUAGUCAUCCAGGGUGAUGAUCGCAUGAAGCUGCCCAGCCCCAACGACAGCAAAUUCUUCCAGAGCCUUCUGGAUGAGGAGGAACUGGAGGACCUGAUGGAUGCUGAAGAGUACCUGGUGCCCCACUCCUUCAACAUUCCACCACUGGCAUACACUCCCCGCCAACGCAUGGACUCCAGCAAGAACCAGUUUGGCUACCAGGACCCAAGUUACAGCAUGGAGGACAUGCUGGCCACCCUCCCCAGAGUGGUAUCUGUCCCACCCAACUCUGGAAGCUGCCUCCCUUCACAGGACCUAACCUCCGGGGGGCAAAUUGGUGGUGGAUUUGUCCGUGGCAACCAGGACAACCCUCGCUGCAAUGGCACCCUAAGGAAGCAGGCCUCUCCGAGGUCAAGCACCCUUGGGGCUGGCUCAGCUCUCACUGGAGGACAAGGUGGAGGGGAGGACAGUAGCGCACAGCGUUAUAGUGCUGAUCCAACCGGUCUCUUAGCAGAACGAGGAACAAAAGGAGACAAGGACCAGGAUGGUUACAUGACUGCUAUGAGAGACAAGAACAACUCAGACUAUCUCAACCCUGUAGAGGAAAACCCUUUUGUCACACGUCGAAGGAAUGGUGACGCUCACGCAGUGAUUGAUGGAGCAGGUUGUCACACCCUGCACAUGGCCGGAGCUGCUGCUGCCCCCAAAAGCCAGUCCACCCACAGGGACGAUGAGUAUGUCAACGAGCCACUGUACCUGAACACCUUCCUUAACCCUGGAGACAAGAACGGAUUGGCUGGCGCAGUAUCCAUCUCUGGCCCAGGGUCCUCUGCUGCUCAGUCAGUAUCGCAGACAGUCAACCCAUCAACAUCAAGCCACACCGUCUCAUCCACUGGAUAUGUGGUACCUCCCGGCCACGUCCCCCACCCAUCAUAUCCAUCACACACCCUGCAUCCAGGGCAUUCAGGACACGCUCUGCACUCAGGCAUCACCAGCAGCACCAUCAUGUUUGAUAAGAAAGGCAAAAAGGCCACUUUUGACAAUCCCGAAUACUGGCAGCACAGUCUGCCCCCAAAGUCCUCACUGCACAACCCUGAGUACCUGCAGGACUGCAGCACACGCUUCUUCUACCGGCAGAAUGGACGCAUUCGCCCUGCUGUUGCCGAAAACCAGGAAUAUUUGUCCGAGGCUGCUAUGAAAGCAGGCAAUGUGUUGCCACCCCCUCCAUACAGACAGAGGAACACUGUUGUGUAGUGACCCACCUGUAGCACAAUGGAGGGAUGAAUAGAGGGAUGAGGGCGGAGAUGAAUGGACUGUAAACAGUCCUUUCGUUUCCUUACAGCACUUCUCAACUUGGGUUCUCCUUGCACCCUCCCUGAACACUUCUCUCUGUCAUAUCUGAUUGCAAGUCUUUUAUUCUCACUCUAAGGUUCUGCCUUUUCUUGACAGGACCACAAUAGCAGUCACUGACAGCCUCACUUGACUCCCAAACCAUCUUUUCUAUUCCAUCCUUGGCCCCUAAAGCAAGUAUACACAUCUCUUCGAGGUCGGUUCUCUUCUGGAGCAAACUGUCCUGGCAUCUUUAGUACUAGUGAGGCACAAAAACAACACAGUGAAAGACUGAAAUUUGAUGCUUAAUGGAAUAAAGAGGAGAAAUAAACUGAGGUUAGCCCAAAGAGAGGAUUAUUGCCAUGACCUUACACAAAUUAUGAUUGCUUUCCCUCAUACACCCAUAAAUUACUGUUCACCAUUUCACCAUGUUCUUUUAUCUCAUUUUCCGCCCGGCUAGAUGUACACAUUGCAGUAUGUACACAUUGCUAUUGCUUGUGUGCAGUCUGUCAAAUGGCACAUGCACAUGGAGUUAUGUUGUGACCUGCCAGCAAACCUGCAGUCACACUGAAGAGCCCUGAUGUGGCUUGCACGCCUGCCCACAUGCUUCUUUGACUUUUACACAUUUUACAUGUUGCUGCACCAGAAAUGUAAUCAAACAUUUAUCAUGCACAGCUCACACAUCAUACCUACAACAUGUUAACAUGCCUGCAGCCGUGACACACCAGUAAUAACUAUACAUUAAUUCAUAAUCAAAUACACACACUCUGACAGAUAAGCCUGCUGUCACUUGAAAUAUAUUCUGGAGGAGAGGCUCAAUUGACCUUGUGCAGGAAGACAGAGAGUGCCGAUAAUGGCAGUCAGUGGUGCAGUGCAGAAAAAGGUUCAACAGGAAAGUAAAUGUCAGUUUUAUGGAAAGCUGUGAUAUGGCCCAGUACUUGGUGGAAAGCAUUUGACAGAUUAUUGGAAUGGCAAGGGUGGGGGGCGAUUUAAAAGGUUGAUCACUCAGAAGAUGACCCUUAACUUCCUACAUUGAGAUCCCUCCUGUUCUCCUUUCAUCCACACCAAUGCAGACCGAAGAGCCAGCAAACCAUCCAGCUCAAUUUCAUAUGAUCAUUGUAAGCAGCAUUGUGACUGACAUAACCAACGGUAACCGCAGCACUAGGAUUGAUGUUUCAGUGGAACCGCUGCCUGGGGAUGGACAAGUCUUUUUAACGGGGCAAGGAACAUCAUUGCGGAGAACAUUUAAGGCAGGCCAUGAGGGAAAGAUAUAAGUUAAGAAUAUUUUUUUUUGUUGUUGUUGUUUUUCUUUCUUUUUAGGCAUCAGGGAUCUGUUUACUUUGUCAACUUGUCUUACAGUGGAUGAGACUAAUGAAGGGAAGGGUAAACAGCACAUAUACCCAGCCACAAAAGAGCGCUGUGGAGAUGGCAAAGAGGCUAACCCUGCAGAGCUGUAAAUAAGCCAAUUACAUGUCAUUACCAGACAGACACAAUUCCAGAUAAAGGCUCUGUGGACUGAGCUGUGUCUGGAAAGAUGUACAUCAAAAGAUGAGGAUAAAAGAUUUUUUUCACCUCUCUGUGUUCAUACCAUUGUAUGUCAUAAAAACAAAAAAUUAUCUUUGACCACGUAGUCCCGACUACAGAGCUUUGCUCUGUCUCUUAGGGUUAAGGUGAUUGAGGAGAAAAGACUGUCAGAACUGUCUAAAGAGGCCUCCUCCACAUUUUUACCAUGGAACACUACGAGAAAAUGGGACACUUUCUUUUGUAUGGGUGAUUGACAUUAAUGGUGAGACAUUACAAGUUAUCACUGAAUCCAGUGAUGGCUAGCUUUCUGUACUCAUACAAUAUUGCCAGAUGCCACAGUAAGCUCUGAUGGAGACCACUAGCAUCUGUCAUCAAAUGACUUUGAAGUCUAAUUUAGGCAGGGGUUGAUAAUUUAAUAGCACUUAAUGCUCUGGCACAGCCAAAUGACUUUGCUGUUAUUCUCGCUCUAAGGGGCAGUUCGUUACAGUGAGACAAUAGUUUCCACUGCACGGAGGCCUCGUGUUAUUUCUUUCAUUAAGCAUUUUACCAACAAAGACAUAUCCCUACCCUCUGAAGAAGAUCGCAAUAUUAAUAGGGUUGGGUGAUAUGAUAUACACUGUUAGAGAAUAGAAAUUUGUCAAGCUCUUAAUACCAUUUAUGUCGAGUAGUAGUAGUAGUUAGCUAUUCCUUUAAAAUCUGUAGUUUACUGGACUAUUAUAGGCAUAGUUGUUUUACAGGGUUUUUGCACCAAUGUGAUGGAAUAUCUUGAUUUUUCAGGGCUAUUAAAGUGGCACUCAUUAGUGGGGCUCCACAACUUUGGAUCCUAUAUUUCCUGAAAUGCAGCUUCAUAGCAUGUACUGAUACCCUUCCUUAUUCCCUAAAUUCCCAUUUCUUUCAGACGCCUCACAUCUAGUCUGUAAUGCAGAUUUACUUCUCUUUUAUUCUCCUUUUCUUUCUCUUUUCCUCUCCCUCCAGAGCCACAAAAGAUGUUAUUCAACUGUUUUCACAAGCUGGGUAGUCCUCUUUAUGACAAGUAAACUAAACUUCAUGAGUGAAAUCCGUGGCAUGCCCCUUUAACUAAAAACCAUCUGGUUAUUUUAUCACUAGUAACACAGUUUCUCAACUGAUUUUCCAGAAAUGUGUUAUCUGUGACUAUACAUAGUAAUAUUGCAAUAUGAAUCGCAAAUAACUCGAUAGAUGACUUACUCCAUGUUACUCACCCUGAGUAAUAGGUGAUAAUACCAUGAAACAUAGAGACCAACUAAUGCCUGUUUAUGUCUUACUGCUGACACACCAAUACACAACCACUGUUACACAACCUUGUGCCUCUACAUUGAAAAUACCUGGUGGAGGGAGGAUUCAGGUGGGCAGGACUGAUGAUUUACUGAUGUUGCCCUGGCACAGUUUUUUUCCCUCCCUCUCAGAUUUUAUGGGAAUAAUAAUCAUCCAGUGGAGCUCCAGCUGAGGCACAAGUUGCCACAUCGUAAAGGGACGUCAGACCUAUUGAAAUUAAAAUAUAAUGGAAGACAGAUUUGUGCCAUAAUACAGAAGAUGCAGAGCUGAAAUUUGCAACUCAAAAGAAAUGUGAAUUUUAUAGGUGUGUGGGCGCAGGGUCAGUCUUGACGUCCUCACUGUGUUAAGUAUCACUUUGGCAUUGCUCGUUAUUAACCUCAUUUAGCUGUGCUAGAUCACAUUUUCUGACAUCUUUAUUGUUCUGCUGAUUUCACAUUUACUUGAUUAAGCUCAAAGUUACCAUAUGUAUACAUUCUGUGCAAUGAAAGUGUCCUCUUAGUUUUUGGGGUUGAAAGUGUAGUUAUGUAAGUCUAUUUUUUACCAUCACCCAUGAGGUAUUAGUUGUAGUGCUUGUAGACUACUGUAUGGCCGUGUGUUUAAGUGCAAUGACAGCAGUGAAGAGUCACCAAAAGGCUCCGUAAUGGAUCUCUGUGGAAAAAUAAAGCCAAUCUUUUGGAGGAGAAAACCUGCUAGGGCUGUCAGCCAGCAGGAAUCACAAGGGGCUUUUAGCUUUCUGAAUGCUAAUUCAUCCACUUUCGCUUGUUGUUCUGUGGGGAAAUCAUGUUACCCAACAUCUCACCCAGUGCACCAGCUGAGAAACCCUGAAUGACAGGCAAUAGGCUGUAAUCCUGCAGCGAGGUUAAAACUAAGGUAUUAGCAUUCCAGAAAUGUUACUAGACCAAUGCAUCAAUGUUACAAAAGCUAGCAGGAGAAAAUGUGCAAGUGCACUGUAACUGGCAGAGGAGACCACAGUUGAUUGCCAUUCUUUCUUUCUCCUCAGAGGUGACUGUAGAAUUGUAUGUAGCAAACACUGUUCUGCAGCUGAAGCACUGAAAACCAGAAAGCAGCUAUGCUUGGAGUGAACACGAACAAAGACCAAAACAAAUCUGGAAGGGAAAAGUGAUUGUGGUCAAAUAUUAACAUGAGUCAUAGCUUCGUGUGAAAAGAUAUGAUGUUGCUAUGAGCCUCAUAGGUAGAGUAGAUAUUUAAAGGGGCACAAUAACUCUCAAUACGGACCACUCACCCAGAAAGUCAUUCUCAUAGAAACAGUUCUAUUUAUUUUGUGCAUCUACUUUUGUUUUUUGGUUUAGUGUAUUCCACACAUAUCUAAUCAUAUGUAUUGUAAAUUGUGUGUAAAGUUUUGUUUUUGCUCUUCAGGGUCUCAUUGUGAUUUUUUUUUUUUUUUAUAUGCAGCUUGAAGGCUGUCUGUUGUGUUCUCUAAUCAACUUUAAAGCAAUUACAAGCUGUGUCUCAAUUUAAGGGCUGGAUGUUUGCCCUUUCCAACGAACUGAAGUCCAGGCUGAACCUGCAUAUCGUUGCCAAAUGAGACUAGACUAACAAAGACCAAAACCGAGGUGUUCAGGUGCUCAUCAUCAACUCAUUAAGUUUUGGCAUAUUUCUCACCAAGAAGUUGCCCUCAGUCAGCAUAUGACAGUUAAAUAUGUGAGAUUAAGCUAAAUUUUGCAGUAUGAUUCAAACAGUUCCCCUUUGCACAUGACGACUGGUAAAUGCAAAUUUACCACAUGUCCAAGAGUUCAUAGCUGGCUUCCCUUAUUUUAUACCUUGCAGUGACUUUUCCAUUGGUCAGUUAAUAUGAUUUAAUUAUCAGUGAUGAUCAGCUGAAAAGAAGACAUCUGGCAUGGUCAUACACCACAGUUAUUUGAGUUGACGAGGACCGCCUGACAACUCAGGUUAUAAAAACUGACCUGUAUGCAUUUUGAUUGUGGGAUAUUGAAGACUGCAAAUGAUAAACCAUAUGUGUCCUCCAAAGCGAAGGCAGACUUCAUUUUUCAGUCACAUUCUGUGAGACCUUUGAAAUGGGGCAGGCCUUAUCGGACCAUUAAGACAUAUAUCCUGCCCAGAAAUGAUGACUUUGGAGGGUCCAGCCCUGAACUGGAACAGAGUGACUAUAUUUAUAGUGUGUGCUCUAUUUCUCUUUUCUGUGCUUUGAUUAUUCAUAUCAUGAGGACAUGUUUUCACAGCAUAAGUAAAUUCCAUCCACUUGUGGUCUAAAUGGUCUUACUUUAUUGGACAAACACGUUGCAUCUCAGAGGACUUCUAUUAAUUACUCAAUGGGAAAUUUUUUUUUUUUUUUAAUGCAUCAUCAAACAAAUCAAACAUAAAGCAGCUGACAAACACAUAUUCUACCAUUGUAAUAGAAUCAAACUGUGUAUGGCUGUCAUAUUCAUAUGGUUUUACUCUGAUUCACAUGUGUAUAUUCUAUAAUGCCAUGAAGGGAAAGAUAACACUGGUUGAGUAAGCACAGUUUACUAUGUAUUGAAUUGAUGGUAAAACUGUAAAAUUAAUAAUUGUCUUUUAACCAAAUGAAAAAGACAUUCAGAUAAUGGGUUGCUCAACAGUUUUGCAAUUGUUAAAAAAAAUCAAAAUAAAAAUAAAAAGUGGAUAGUAUUUUUAUAGGUAGGUAAAAAGUGACCAGGUGCAUCUGUAAAUAGGACAAUGAUGCUUCUUUUUCCAGCUGAAGCUAUUUUUCUUUCUUUUUUGGUUUCUUUUGUUUUUAUUUCUCCUUGCAUCAUUGCAUUUUUAGUGGUCUACAGUAUCUUUAUUUUUUCUUUGGGGAAUAUCUUUUCUGUAUGUAUAUAAAUAUAUAUACAGUAUAUAUAUAUAUAUUCUGUAAAUGUAAUUUGAGGAGUGAACUCUGACUUUAAAAACGCUUGCAGGGUCUCUUGUCACCCCCAACUCAUCAUUUCCCCUGUGAUUGUGUGAUUGUGUUUUCAGCACAACUCGGUGGAUUUUGUGUUUUGACCUCUGCUCUUGCUCACUUUGUAGGAGUGUUUUUUUUUUCCCUCUGUUUUUUUACUGGGUGUAUUAUACCCACACUACCCUCCAUGCUUCUCUCAGUGUUAUCCACCUCUUGAGAUUUUCUUUUUUUAAGAUUUUGUACACUCUUAAGAUGCUGUUGCAAAACUAAUGAAUAUUCAAUAUUUAAUCCCCCUUUUCUCUCAGUCUUUUCCUAACAAAUGUUAUUAAUCCACCAGUGUCACUUUACAUUCUGAGUUUUGAGGACCUAUGUUAUAUUUCCUCGGGUAGUUUGAUUUCUGUUUCCCCUGAGCUCAGUCAUUGUUUACUUUCAGAUAAUAUUCAGCUCUUCAUCCGUUUGUGGCAAUACUGAGUGAAUGGUGUAGCAAUAUCAUGUCGCAGCUCUGAGAGUGAUUUAAUGACAUUUGAGAAAACCGAAUGGAAGGUAAUUUGUAUGGGCUGGACUGAUCAUUUAAAUCACUGAUAUCUGCUUGUACAGACAGGUUGGUAGGUACUAUUUUGGCUUCAUUUAAAUGUUCACUCUUUACUGGAAGUCACACCUUUGCAGGAAGCUAAUGUUUUCAUUUAACGACAGGACUUUUUGGGAGUUUUGCCAUUUUGUCAACUUACCUGAUACAUGCAUGAGGACUGGCACCAAACUCAUCAGGGUGUGUUAUUUUUGUUGCAGCAUUGCAGCAAAUAUGGAUGCACAAUUUGUGAUAUACUGUUGAUUGUAUUACAUGUUUCCAUUGUAAAGCACUCGAGCACAACUUGUGUUGUUUGUGCAGGAAUUGAGCCAGACAACUUAAUGUUUUGUGCUGUUUUCUGAUAAUACUAUAGACUUUACUAAUGAGGGAUACUGCAAUUUUAUUUUCAAAAGUUAAGAUUUUAACCAGUAUCAACUUUGGAUAAAUUAAAUAAAUUUUAUAUAUUGCUUAUCACCUACAGAAUACUAUUGGCCUAUUGUCCACACAAUCUUAAGUGUUGCAUGUCAUUUGAUGAUUUUGGUGGCAAGCCAGAUCCAGUAUCCAGUAUUUACAUAAACAGUGUAAAGUGGUCAUUUUGGCAAACUCCUCAAAAUGAAUCUGUUUAACAGUACAAUGAAGUUUGGAAGAAAGUAUCUUCUGUCAUAAAAAUGAUCAUUUCUUCUUAUCGUCUCAUCAGAAUGAUUGAGAACUAAGUUUUAUAGACCAGACCUUGUCACAUAUUACCAGUUUUAAAUGUUUCCUUUCACUGGUUAAUUGACACAUUUCCCAAACUAGAACAUUUAAAUACGUAUUCCCUCUGUUUUGUUACAAUCUGUCAAAACUAUAUUUUUAAUUCAAUAUGAAUAAA